GGUCGUAUGUCAGACAAUCUGACAUCGCCAUGUCAGCCAAAGAUGAAAACAAUAUCGAUGCAAAGGAGGAGGAUGUCAAAGAUUCAUCAAUGACCAAUAGUCAGGAAUCAGAGCAUACAGCCAGACUGAGCAUGAAUGCAACCGCGACAGAUAGCGAAGCACAAGGUUCCGCGACGACAGCAGUCGAACAGCAAAGUAGGGACCGCAGUGCUACAUUAGAGACACAACUGGGAGAUCAAGAUUCCACUCAGACCAAAACACAACCUGGUCGAAAGGAUGCGAUUGGCUCACAAGUACCAAUCGAAUCGGCAAAAGGACGAUUAAGCGAAUUGAAGAGAUUCACGCUUUGGGAGACAAAAACGCAUUUCUACCUCGUGGCUUACAAUACCUCUCAAACCCUCUUUCGCAUUCUCAAAGUGGAUCGUGUUCCCGGUUCGCAAAGCCAAAGUUCGGAGUCACAAGAUAGAAAUUCUACUGGGAGUCCACAAAACGGCAACGAGUCUAACACAACAGGCUACAAGGUGGAGGAUCCCAAUGGCAAGAACGCAGGGAACCCUCAAUCAUCCGCUUUUUGGUCACUCAAUGUGACGGCAGAUAGCGUGGUGUACACCCGUAGUCAAAUAUCUGAACUGCUAGAUAUGAUCAGCGAAGGUAAUAAGGCGUCCGGCGGUUUGAAGGAGAUUGGAAGAUUCUUUGGGAUUGUAGGCUUCAUUCGAUUUACAUGCACGUACUACAUGGUGCUCAUCUCUCGAAGAAGUGUCGUGGGUCUACUAGGAGGACACUACAUCUAUCAUUGUGAUGAGACGAAAAUCGUGCCUGUCUGUCCAGCAGGAGUAUUAGCAAAUAUGAGCGGAAGAACUAAGCUUUUGGACCAAGAAGAGGCACGACUUUUGCAUAUGUUCAAACAGGUCGAUUUGGGCAAGAAUUUCUAUUUCAGCUACACCUAUGACUUAACAAAAACGCUUCAGGAUAAUUUGACCAACAUCGACAUACGCACGGAGAACGAUUCUCGCCCUCUCAAUUCGCAACCACACACAGCUUGGGGAUACAAUGAAAAGUUUGUGUGGAAUCACCAUCUGCUGAUGCCCGCAUUUGCCGACUCUGUUCACAGUCUGGACAACAAAUCUGCCGCGAGUGAAUGGGUCUUGCCCCUUGUAUAUGGCUUUGUUGAUCAGGCGAAAUUGCGAGUCUUGAACUGCACGAUUCAUGUAACUUUGAUCGCACGCAGAUCUCGUCAUUUCGCCGGUGCUCGAUUCUUAAAACGAGGCACGGACGAGAAAGGUCAUGUUGCGAAUGAUGUCGAAACGGAACAGAUCGUCAGCGAUGCGUUGACUACACCGUUUUAUGCUCCUUCACAUCGACGUGGUGAUGGGACGAGAGGACCAAAUCCUAGGUAUACGUCUUACGUGAUGCAUCGUGGAAGCAUUCCUGUCUUCUGGACACAAGACUCUACCAAUAUGUCGCCUAGACCACCGAUCGAGAUUAGCGUUGUCGAUCCAUUCUAUUCCUCUGCCGCUCUACAUUUUGAUGAUAUGCUCCGACGUUAUGGUCAUCCGAUCAUCGUAUUGAACCUUAUCAAAUCAAAAGAGAAGCAGCCACGUGAAGUGAAGCUUUUGAAUGCAUUUGGUGAAUGCGUCAAGUACCUCAACCAAUUCUUGCCCAACGAUAAACGAUUGCGCUAUAUUGCUUGGGAUAUGAGUAGAGCAAGCAAGAGUCGGGAUCAAGACGUGAUCGGGGUGCUAGAAGAUAUUGCAGAAGAAACUAUCAAUGCCACCAAAUUUUUUCACUCAGGACCAGAACCAAACAAAUUUGCUCUAAGCUUUGACUCGAAAGGUCAGCAUAUCAAGGCAAGAGAUACCAUUCUACUUCAAAGUGGAGUGGCAAGGGUCAAUUGCGUCGAUUGCUUAGAUCGAACGAAUGCAGCUCAGUUUGUAAUCGGUAAAGCUGCUUUUGGACACCAACUAUACGCAUUAGGGCUGCUAGAUCACCCAUCAUUGCCAUUCGACAGCGACGCAAUUGACAUGCUCACAGAAAUGUAUCAUGAUUUGGGCGAUACAAUCGCAUUGCAGUAUGGUGGAUCGCAUCUCGUCAAUACCAUGGAAACGUACCGAAAGAUCAAUCAGUGGUCUUCGCAUUCCCGUGAUAUGUUGGAAGGUCUAAAAAGAUACUACUCCAACUCAUUCGUGGAUGCAGAAAAGCAAGCUGCGAUCAAUCUUUUCCUUGGGGUGGAGAAUGAUGCACCUGAAUUUCGUCCGAUCAAUCCAAAGCAGCGCAGACAUUACCAAAAGUGGUAUACACCAUCACAUUUGGAGGAACGUAAGGAUGUUGUCGCCAAGCAAAUGCGGAUGCAGAAUAUCGUUGAAUCUGCCUCUAAUUUUUGGGCUGAAUAUUAUCGACCAAGUUUGUUCACGGAUUUGAUGCGACAUCAUGCUUUCAAAAUGACUGCUAUUCAUCAGCAAUUUGCUAGUUCGCCAAUGCUUCCGAAAGCACUUUCACCACCACUUAUACCGUCCUCACCUUCUUCGGUACGUUCGGCUUCUAUUGCCACAUCAUCUCCGGGAAAGCCGACGCCAUCAUCCGCCGGUAGAUUACAACGAUUGCAAAAUGAUUCUGCCUCUGUCAUCUCGCAACAGACACAAACGACAAUGAGUCCGUUUACGUCUCGUGUGCCUCUUCCUUCAGCUUCGGUGGCUGGUUCUCCCCAAUCCAAGUAUACUCCUCCAUCACCACGAGGAAGUAUUAGUGGUCAACGGGCCAUUAUCGGAGGGGUAAGGAGAUGGAUGAGUUUAAACAGAGGAGAAGAGGAUAGUAAUAGCACGCAUACCUCAUCAAGAAAGGUAUCAUCAAAGAAAACAGAGCUGACAAAGACGGACACGAAGGAAAGCGAUGGCAAAGAAUCAUCAGAGAAGCCUGUUGGAAUGACUCAUAUUUUGAGCAGUGCAUCGGCAUGGCCAACUUGGGAUGAGAUUACAGGUGCGCAGAUUGGUACCACUACAACGGAAGCGCUUCUUGACAGUCUCAUGUCGCCAAAUGUGUCUGCGGAAGAAGUCAAAGAAUAUGCAUCCUGGUUGGAUCAAUUCAGAGAUGUGACGUUUGAGAGCGGUCACAAUGAUGCCCUUACCGAACCAUCUGCCCUUUUCCCGUCAACUGCUUUGGGUCCAUCUGCUGCUGGAUUACCCAACUAUCAAUUCCAAAGUCUCGGCCAACGCAAACCUGCGACACAGAAACAAAGACAACAAAUCGCAGAAGCGGACGUGCGAUUGUAUGAUCAUGAAGUAGCAUUGGCAGCAGGUCAGAUCCAGAUGGCCAAAUGGAACGAUGGCAUCUUCGGAACGUCGCUGGAAUCAGGCUCUACACUCCAACCGUCAGCCCACAUUGAUCUAACAACUGCAGACGAUUUGGAAAAACAACAAUCUAUCGAACCUGCCCUUCUACAUUAUCCUUUGACAAAGAAUGUCUUGGGAGCUCCUGCAAGCGACGCAAAAGUACGAGCGUAUACCCAUUGGCUUGCAGGCCAUAAGCAGAGUUCGCCAAUUGUUCUCAGUGCGGCAAACAGCUAGCUGAACUCAAAAGCAUUAUAUAUUGUAUAUUAACACAACUUUUAUCACGACAUGUAUAAUAGAUAAGCUUUUCCCUUAAUGUUUUCCGCUUGCAGCAUCUCUUGCAGGAACGGAAGCAUUGAUCUUGUUAAAGUUGAAGAAAGUUGUGAAUCCGACAACAAACUGUGUAAAUACCCAUUGGAUCAAAACAAGUCCUCGUGCUCCACGGGUGUAGGAGUAAAAGGCCAUCAAUGCAGCCUCACCCAAAUGAGCACGAACGAUCCAUCGAUGCAGCCAAGCCAUAGAAGCAG